AUGAUGAUGAUUCUGAAUGCUUUUAGUGUUUUCCUGCUUUGGUCCCUGAGCGCAGCUUUGGAGCCUGAAGUCCUUCAAAGAAUUUCUUUUCAAAGAGCGAAAGUUGGAGAAACGGUGGAAAUUACAUGUCACAUUUACAGCAGUGGGAGAACCAGCGUGUGGUACAAACUGACACACAACAGGAGAUUAGAGCUGCUCGCUUCUACUGAUGUCUUGUUUAAUCACAGUACUGUCUCUGAGAAGUUUAGAAAUCGUUUCUCUGUUAAGUUGUCCCCUGUGGUCAGUACUUUGAAGAUAUUGAAUGCAGAGUGGGGGGAUGAUGGUACGUACUACUGUGGAGUUUUGAACCUGGAAGAUGUGACGUUUGGAUCAGGGACCAUUGUAGAGGUUGAAGGAGAGUCAAAGCUCAUGCAGUCUGUGCUCCAGAGUCCAGAAUAUAUCAGAGUGCAGCCAGGAGACUCUGUGACUCUCAGCUGUUCAUUUAACCCCAGCCUCUGUCCACAAGAACAUACCAGUGUCACUUGGAUUAAAAGUGGUUCUCAAACUGUUUCAUGGAACUUUGAGAACAUCAGUAUGAACUGUGAGGUGAGAGAAGACGGAGAAACUUCAUGUGUUCAUAACCUGAUCCUGACAGAAGUUGGUUCAGCUGAAAAUGGGACUUUUCUCUGUGUGGUGACUGCCUGUGGAAACACGAUGCUUGGUCCUGGAACAAGGAUAGAAAUGUACAACAAGUCCACGCCCUCAGUACUGGUACAAGUCUUGAGUGGAGCUUUGGUGGGGACUUUAAUCCUGUGUGUGUUACUUUCACUGGUGAUUUACAAGAUCAAGAAGAAAUCACAACCUACCAUGACCGCAGAGAAUGAAGAGGACAUCCACUACGCGGCCUUAAAGCAUCAGAGCUCCAGCAGACCGAGAAGUCACGCCGACAGCACCAACACUGAAUGUGUUUACUCUGGGGUUCGACUGUAG